AUGGAAGAGCGGCGGGAAAAUAUCGGAGAGGUCAGCUGGGAUAAUAAACACGUGGACGAAGAAACAGGCAAAAGGGAAAUCAGACAUCAAAUCAACUAUUCCAUUGAAUACUUGCUACGUAAAGAAGAUCCUUUGCCGAAGAGAGAUUUGAAAGGGACCUUCCCAAAUUCGUCCUCAUCACCCUCUUCGUGGAUAGGACCACAGGCAUUCGAGCACCACAGUGAUUGGACUAACACCGCCACAGACUUCCAAGUCAAGAGCCACAGGAUGCAAACGCAAGAGUUGGGCUUCUCCACGGCCGCUAUCCUUGCCCUUCUGCCGCAGCACAAGAGCCAAGACGGCAGCAUUCCGUCGGUUUCCCCCAUUCGGCCGGAGCACAAGAAGGCGGAGCGAUGCCCCUGCGGCCUGCCCUAUCACUGGUCGCCACCCCCGCACCACUUCCCCGCAUUCAGAAAGCCUUGCCUGUCUUGUCCGAGCCAAGAGCCAUGUGUGGCUCCAAAGCCACAGCAAAAUCCGCAAGAGAAGAGCUUCAUCUGCAAGCAGUGCGGCAAAGGGUUCAAGCGCAGUUCCACCCUCUCCACGCACUUGUUAAUACACUCCGACAUCCGGCCCUAUCCCUGUGGCUUCUGCGGCAAGCGAUUUCACCAAAAGUCGGACAUGAAGAAGCAUACGUUCAUUCACACAGGUGAAAAGCCUCAUAAAUGUUUGGUCUGCGGCAAAGCUUUCAGCCAAUCUUCUAACCUGAUCACUCACACGCGAAAGCACACCGGCUUCAAGCCCUUCGCCUGCUUCACCUGCGGCAGGGCGUUCCAGAGGAAGGUGGACCUCCGAAGACACCGUGACACUCAACACGUGUCGCAGUUCGAACACAUGCAGCUGCACCAUCCGUGGUUCGGAUUCAGAACGUGUCCGCCGAUCCCCCUGCAUCUACCCUACUGA